AUGUACGGCAGGUGGAGAAUUGUCAUCCAUGGCGGUAUCGACGGAUAUUCCAGAAUGAUUGUCUACCUAAACGCGUCAACAAACAACCGUGCCAAUACUGUCUUCAGGUUGUUUUACACAGCUGUACAAAGCUAUGGGCUACCUUCAAGAGUAAGGUCGGAUAAAGGCAGAGAAAAUGUAGAAGUGGCUUUGUUUAUGCUUUCACACCCCAUGCGAGAUCCUGACAGAGGAAGCCACAUUGCUGGGCGGAGUGUCCACAAUCAAAGAAUAGAGAGGUUAUGGAGGGAUGUCUUUGUGGGUUGCACAUAUGUGUUUUAUCAUUUAUUUUACCGCAUGGAAAGUUCUGGUGUAUUGGAUCCAACAAACGAGCUUCAUUUGUUUGCACUACAUUUUGUAUUUGUUCCAAGGAUUAAUGAAAACUUGAAGCUAUUUUGGGAAGGACACAACAGAGGCCCAUUAAGUUCUGAGCAUAACUACUCCCCAGAACAGUUAUGGAUACGUGGAAUGUUGUCCAUUGCCAACAGUGUUGUUUAG